GCCGUCAGCUAAAACCUUUGCCAGAAAUGGCAACUCCAAAAAUCUCUACUCUCUCAAACCUCCUCCGUCGAUCUCGCCGUUCACUUUCCAACUCCUCUUUCUACUUCUCCAUUAAGCCUCACCACCAUCCUAACCACCGCCAUUUCUUACACCAAAAGAUUCCGGCGGCAGCGCCGUCAAAUCCACCGCUGCGAUAUCUCACCGCUUAUAAUUUCCUUUUGAGUCGCUCCUUUUCCACUAGUGAGUCAACUGGCCAAUUCGAUGGUGACUCGGACCUCACUCAGUCCGAGCUCUUCUCCGCGAUAAGUACCGCCGGAGCUGGAGAAAUUGGUGCUGAUAGUGUUGCAGAGGAGUCAAUUCUUCCAGUCCGUGCGUUGAUUUGGUUUCUCGAUGGUUAUCACGAUUUCACCGGUUUCCCUUGGUGGCUAGUGAUUGCUUCCUCAACGCUGGCGCUAAGACUCACAUUGUUUCCCUUUGUAGUGCUUCAACUUCACAAGUUGAAGAAGAUUGCAGAAGUUUUCCCUAAAUUGCCUCCUCCAUUGCCACCGCCUUUCUCAGGAAGGAGUUUCAAGGAUCAACUUGCACUUUUCCAGAAAGAAAGGAAAGCAGUUGGCUGCCCAUCAUUUUUCUGGUUUUUUGCAACUUUUACCGUCCAGGUUCCCUUAUUUCUUUUAUGGAUUACAACUUUCCGUAGAAUGUCCCUGGAUCAUCACCCUGGUUUUGAUUGUGGAGGGAUUUUCUGGUUUCAGAAUCUGACUGAAUUCCCUAAUGGUGUUUUUGGCCCUCUCUUUCCUUUACUGAUUGCUGGGUUGCAUUACACUAACGUUCAGAUAGCAUUUCAAAAGUCAUCAACUGGAAAAGUUUCUGAUGUCUUUGAAAAAUUAGCCAAGUAUUACAAGACAUACUUGGAACUUCUAUCAAUUCCAAUCUUGUUCAUUACAUUUAAUGUCCCUCAGGGAUCUUUAGUGUUUUGGUUUACGAAUAUUUUGUUAAACACCUUUCAGCAAUUAGCCCUCCGCCAUACAGAUAUUCGCGAGAAGUUAGGUCUACCUGAUAAAGCUGCUGUGCCAGAAUUAGACAGUGAUGAGAGAGCAAAAAUUGGUGUUAAGGAAACAAAUCAACCAGGAGUGCAUGGUGGAGUUUCUGUUCAAAAUCUAUCACCAAAGGACCUGGUCCUUCUUUCUGUGAAAUUCUUGGCAAAUGGAAAUCAGGACAGGGCAAUUCAACUCUUAAGACUUGCUCUUAAGAAGGAUCCUGAGUAUGUAAGAGCAUUGCUUCUCCUGGGGCAAGCACUAUUGCAAAAAAACUUCCUGGAUGAGGCUAUUGAAUACUUGGAGUGUGCUAUUGCUAAGCUUCUUGUAGCUGGCCAUCCCACAGAUGUCGAGGAUGUUGAUCUCUUAAUACUUUCAUCUACAUGGGCUGGUAGUGCUUUUAUGCGACAGGGGAGAAAUGAAGAAGGCAUGGCACACCUGGAAAGAUUAGCUUCUCUUGAAGAGCCAAUGGAUCCAAUGACCAAAGCUCAUUACUAUGAUGGAUUAUUAGUACUCUCUAGUGCUUUAUUUGGUGCGGGUCGCAAAGCUGAGGCUGCUGAGCACUUGCGCAGGGCUGCUGCUUAUGAUCCAGAUCGCUAUGCAGAAUUUCUUGAACAAUGUGAAAAUGACAAGGACGAUUUUGUCAGCGACCUUGUAAGUAGCAGGAGAACAGAUUCCUGAAUUGCAGCGUGCCAUUGGAAGUGAAAUCUAGUUUGUAGGUUAUGAUCUUGAUACAUUCAGCUCAACUGUCCCCUUCUUUUUGUACUGCUUAUGGAUCUUGCCCUUAGGUGGGAUGUAAGAAUUUUGGUACAAGUUUUGUCGUAACACCGUGCAAAAUGAUGCUCUCCAAUCAAGCAAAGGGUGAUAUUUACAGGCCA